UUAAGCUUCUUAUUUUCUUAGGUCGAAGGAGAUGCCAUCAGUGAACAUCGUUUACAACUGAGGAAGCAAAUUUUGAGGCUGUUUUGGCAACAACAAUUGCUUGAAAUUGAUCAGAUCUCAGAAUUUAAGCAGCAGCAUCAAUUUCCCCUCACAAGGAUUAAAAGAAUCAUGAAAGUUGAUGAAGAUGUGAAGAUGAUAAGUGCGGAUGCCCCAGGCCUGUUCGCGAAAGCUUGUGAGCUUUUCAUUUUAGAACUCACCCUUCGGUCAUGGUUGAACACUGAAAAAUAUAAGAGGCGAACUCUGCAGCGAUUUGAUAUUUCUAAUGCUAUAAAUCAUGGAGAAGUUCUUGAUUUCUUGCUUGGAAUCGUCCCAAAAGAUGAUAGAAAAGAAGAGGAGCCAUCUCGAAGAGAAAUAGGGGUAGCUGAACUUGUUCCUCAUAAUGGAGGAGUUAAUUUACCCAUGAUGGAUGUGAACCGGUGCCCCCAAAAUCUUGAUGCGGAAUUGAUGGUCAGGCAACAAGAAAUUCCUCCACACUCUAUGGUCCAGCCACCAAUACCUCCGACCCGAUUCUUCUAUGGACCACCUGGUCCUCAAAAGUGAGACUUA